UUGCUAAUCUAACAUGCUGGUUCCUGGCACUGGCGCUCUGCUGUGUAUGUGUGUACACCCCGUACUCCAAGGGAGACUCGCACGUCUUCACACCACGAGAAUCCGCGGCCUUCUUUGCUCUACAUAGAACCGGUUGGGCGGUCGCCGUGUGCUGGAUUGUAUUCGCAUGUUCUACUGGACAUGGAGGUUGGGUAAAUGAAGUGCUGUCGUGGAAAGCGUUUGUUCCACUCGGAAGAUUGACUUACAGCGCCUAUCUCAUCCACCCACUAGUUAUGAUUGUAUUCUAUAUGAGCAGGAACACACCUACAUACUUCUCUAUCUAUGAAGUGAUAUAUCUGUUUUUGGGACAUUUGUGUUUAUCUUAUGGGAUAGGAUUCGUCGUGUCUCUGGUGUUCGAAUCCCCGAUGAUGGGCCUUGAAAAGACCAUUUUCAAACGAGGACGAAAAUAAAAUAUCUACCAUUGCAUUACAUAUAGACUAAGGAACAGAUUGAAACAUCUGGAAAAAGGUUAUCCCUCGGAAGCAUCAAAAACAGCAAAAUUACAUGACAAUCGCAGUCUAGGUUUUAUUGAUUCUGUACAUUGGAGGGGGAAAUUAAAAGUGCAAAAAUCCCUCACGCCCCCUAGCACCGGCUUGAGCGGUGCACAAUUUUGAACAAGCAAGUCAAACCUAAACUACUUUCAUCAAAAAGUCGGUACUUUUUGUUGUUUUUGUUUUUGACCUUUUUUUACAAAAAUAAGACACGUGAUAAAGAUUAUCAAAUACAAAAGCCGUUGUUUUUUGUCUUUUUUGUUGUUUUGUUUUUACAGCAUUCCACAAUUAACAUUUUUGAGAUUUAUUUUUAUUUUUACCACAUAUCUUUGUUAAGCAUCUGGAAAAGUAAACUGUUGCGUGAGGGUGUACGUGUGUAUGCGUUGUUUAUUUAAUUGCAUAGAGAAGUUUUGUUUUGCUAUUUUAUGGAAAAUAUUACCCUUCUGUCUAUGUAAAACAUUUUAUAUAACCAAAAAGGAAAUAAAAGCCUCUUUGUCUACAUUUUUUCUCUUCAUUUCUUUUGUUUUCUUUAAAAAUAUUUUCUUUAGAAAUGAAAUUAACUACAUAAUGUUUAACAACAUUUUACAAUUUGUCCUUGAAGGCAACAAACAAACAAAUUUCGCUGACGUUAACUAAUUAUUUUUUCUUCAAGGCCCAUUAUACCUCAGCAAUAUUAUAAAUUGAGCCGCGUCAUGACAAAA